GCUUCGGAAAAGAAAUUAGAGUUCGAUGUGUGCUUUAUGAGUUACCAUUUCAGUAGUCUUUGGUUGUUUGUUCUUAGAUUUUUCGCAUUUGGAUUUGUGGAGAUAUUCGGUUUUCGAGUAUUUUAGGGGAUAGGAAUUCCUUAUGAAUCUUGUGGAAAUUCGUUGCGAUUUCCACUUCGAUUCGAGCCUGAAAAAUUCCUAAAGUCUAUACAUUCGACAUAACGAAAACUAGAGGGGAAGAGAUGGGAUGUUCUACAUCGAAGUUGGAUGAUGAAGAGUCAGUCCAGCUUUGCAAAGAUCGAAAGAAGUUUAUCAGACAAGCUGUCGAGCAGAGAAUGAAAUUUGCUUCGGGACAUGUCGCGUAUAUUCAAGCCAUGAAAAGAGUGUCUGCUGCGCUACGAGAAUACAUUGACGGCGAUGAGCCCCGUGAGUUUCUCUUGGAUUCAUAUACAACGACGACUCCUACAUUGACACCUCCGAUCAAGAAGAAAGGCCAAGGCUUCAUCUCCAUAUCUCCCAACUCGUUCUCGGUGACGCCAUUUAAACCGGAGCCCAAUUCAUCCUUCAGAAUACACUGCUUCAAGUCGGGUGGGAAUCCAUCGGUUUCUGUCGAGGAGAGACCUCCACAGUCGCCGGAAACUUAUAGAGUCGAAACUUACUCUUCUCCGGCGCAUCAUUUUGGGAUGGACAGUAUGUUCCGGAUGCAAUCCUCGUCUCCGAUGCGAUCAUCAUUCUUCCAAUACUCUCCGAACAAUCGGCCUAACUAUCCGCCGCCAUCGCCUACGACAUCUCAAUGGGAUUUCUUCUGGAACCCUUUUUCGUCGUUGGAUUACUACGGCUAUCCUACCGGUGGCAGCCUCGAUCCGGCGAUGCUGGAUGACGACGAGAGUACCGGGCUUCAGCAAUUAAGGGAAGAAGAAGGGAUCCCGGAGUUAGAAGAGGAGACGGAAUACGAAGAAAUUGACGAGAGCGUAGAUAAGCGAGACGAGAAAAACAAACAUCACAUGAACUUCGAGAGAGAGGAAGUCGUCGUCGAAGAUGCCGACGACGACACUGACGAUGACGACGACGACAGUGAUUGUGACGUCGAAACAGAUGAUGACAUCAGGGAGUUACCAUCAUCCCGGAAACACGACAGCAUAGAAGUGUCGAAACCUCAAAAUGUCGGCCAAAUAAAUAAGAAGGAAACAGUUGUCGCCGAUUGCGAGUCGAAAGAGGAAACCACCCCCGGCUUCACCGUUUACGUAAACCGAAGGCCGACAAGUAUGGCGGAAGUUAUUAAGGAUCUCGAAGAUCAAUUCACGGCCGCGUGUAAAGCUGCCGGUGAAAUGUCCGUCGUUUUGGAGGCCAGCAGAGCUAAGUAUGCAUCAUCAUCAAAUGAUCUCACAGCGAUGAACAUGCUGAAUCCGGUAGCCUUAUUCAGGUCAGCUUCACGAUCAUCAUCAUCGAGGUUUCUGGUGAGCGCUUCGACUUCAAGAGAUGAUGGAUAUGAAAGCACCAGCGACUUCUCAGACGAAUCGUGUGCGUUUUCGGGAAGUCAUCAGUCGACAUUGGAUCGACUCUUUGCUUGGGAGAAGAAACUGUAUCAGGAAGUUAGGGCUGGCGAGCGUGUUCGGAUAGCGUAUGAGAAGAAGUGUUUGCAGCUUAGGAAUCAGGACGCGAAAGGCGAGGACCCGUCUUUUGUGGAUAAAACAAGGGCGACCAUAAGAGAUCUCCAUACUCGUAUAAAAGUUUCGAUCCAUUCCGUUGAAGCCAUCUCGAAGAGGAUCGAAACUCUUCGAGACGAAGAACUCGAACCUCAGCUACUAGAAUUGGUGCAAGGGUUAGCGAGGAUGUGGAAGGUGAUGGCGGAGUGCCACCAGCGGCAAAAACGAACGCUAGACGAGGCCAAGAUCUUACUCGCCGGGACGCCGUCAAAGCUCUCGGGGACGAAGAGAUACACGAUCGUGUCGCCCUCCGAGCCGCACAGGCUCGCGCGGUCGGCAUCCAACCUCGAGAAAGAGCUCCGAAACUGGAGAGCCAGUUUCGACGCGUGGAUCGUCUCUCAACGAUCCUACGUCCGCGCGCUCGCCGCAUGGCUCCUCCGCUGCGUCCGUCCCGAUCCCGAUGCAGCCUCGAAGUUCCCCUUCUCCCCGCGCCGCUCCUCCUCCGCCGCCGGCGCCCCGCCGAUAUUCGACACGUGCAUCCAAUGGUCGAACCUCCUCGACACCAUGGGCGAGGCCCAAGUCCUCGACGGGAUGGACUUCUUCGCCGCCGGAAUCGGCUCGCUGUACGCCCAGCAGCUGCGGGAAGAUUCCCGGCCGUCGAGGAGGUUUUCCGGUGAGGGGGCAGCGGCGGUCGGGAGCAUGGAGAUGGUGGAGGCCGGAGGCGGCGCUGCCUCCUCCGGCGGCGGCGGGGAGGUGGUGAUGAGUGCAGAGAAGAUGGGUGAAGUUGGGAUAAGAGUUGUGUGUGCGGGAAUGUCUGUGGCUGUGAGUGCACUCACUGAGUUUGCUUUAGGGUCAGCAGAAGGGUAUGCAGAUCUGAUCAAGAAAUGGGAGAAUAAUAAUAAUAAUGGAAGUAAGAAUGAUAGUAACAAGCAGAGUUUGGAGGGGAAAGAGGACAAGUAAGAAAUUAGGAUUUAAUAAAUAUAUAUGUGUUAUUAUAAUAAUUAGGAUUAUUGUUAUUAGUAGUAUUGUUGUAUUGGGUAGGAGUUUUGAGUGUAAAUUUUUUGAAGAUGGGAUGUAGAUUAGAAUUUUAGUUGGGAACUUUGGGUGUCAUUUAUUGCAAUUUUUAGGGUAGUUAGGAUUUUUUUUUUGGAUGUAGAAAGGAGUCACAUCAGUUUAUUCAUGAAAUUGGGAAGAGAA